CAUGGCCGACGUAAACAUCGACGUGGAAAAACUUGAGGAGCAUAAGAAAAUUGCUGAUGAGUUGCAGUUUCAAGAUAUUCCUCAUGACCCAUACAUGAACGACAAGGGUAAAGUUCAAACUCACACUUUCUCUGACUUUCCUCCCACUGCAGAGUCGGAUGAAGAUGAUGUGUAUGACAAAACUCAGCUGAUUAAAGACGAAGCCAAACAGGAAGGUAAAUCUUUUUGGACAUUUGAGUAUUACCAACAGUUCUUUGAAGUGGAGACAAAGCAGGUUUUGUUCCGUAUAGCCGGUUCUAUGUUUCCCAGACCUGGAUCUAAUUACCUACAGUCCACCAUCAGACCUAAUCCGGAUCUGUAUGGACCUUUUUGGAUUUGUACAACACUUGUUUUCACAACAGCCAUAGCUGGAAACCUAGCAAAUUAUCUCACCACUGAAGGAAAAGGAUUUAAGUGGAAAUAUGACUUCCACAAAGUAACAUUUGCUGCAACAGCCAUUUUCAGUUAUUGGUGGAUUAUACCUGCAGCGUUAUUUGGUUUUCUAUGGUGGAAAGGCAGCAAAGCAAACUACACAUUCCUGGAGAUUCUUUGUAUAUAUGGAUAUUCUCUAGCCAUUUACAUUCCAAUCUCUAUAUUAUGGGUGGUUCCGUUUGAGUGGCUACAGUGGACUCUAGUGUUGAUUGGAGCUGGUUUGUCGGGCGGAGUCCUGGUGCUCACUCUGUGGCCUGCUGUACAUGAGGAAACAAAGAAAACUGCCUGGAUUGUUAUAAUACUCGUUUUAUUAUGUCACACAUCACUAGCUGUAGGCUUUAAGCUCUACUUUUUCAAUGCACCUAUGCCUCAAGUAUCAACACAAUCAAGUCCAGCUCCACUUUCAACUACAAAAGUUGUCACAUCACCAAACUUACCAAACAAAGUCACUACGAGUUUAAAAGUUUCUGUGUCAAAAACUACUAGAAUUUCACGAAAAAAGAAGCCAACAAAAUUAAAUUCUCCAUCUCCCUCCAAAAGAGAAGCAUCUAGCUCAACUAAAGACAAUAUCGAAAAUAAGAAUAGAAAGUUAUUAGUAAGAGAAACAGCAUCAAAAGGAUGAGGAUAUUGAAAUCACAAUGUUGAUAUUGAAUUGUUUUGGAAAUCCUGUGCUGACUUUUGAGAAAGUUACAUGGCAGUUGAAGAAUUGUAUGUAAUAUAUUGUAAUUAUAACUGAUAUGUACACAAAAGUCACAUGCCUGUAUUUAUUGAUUGCAUAAUUAUUAUCAGUAUUUUUAAGAACGACACACUUAUGCCUUACCAAGGUAUUUCUAAUGUAUAAAUAGUUCCUUUAGAGAGAAAGUGUUUUAUCAGAUUGAGUUAAGGUUUUUCUAUAUUGUUUUGUGUUCCUUUUUUAUUUCUCUCUCUCUCUUUUUGAUUUAAGAUCUAUAGCUUUUAAUCAAUAAAAGAAUAUAGAAUUUGA